GACGCGCGCUCCCGAGUCCCGACGUGCGGUACUAAUCAUGGCUGCUCUCAGUAAGUCCAUACCGCAUAGCUGCUAUGAGAUAGGACACACAUGGAGUACCUCAUGUACGAAUUCCACCCUCCAGGUGACAGCCGGUGCUCUGGAGGUCUCAUUCAAGAUAUACGCUCCUCUGUAUCUGAUUGCAGCCAUUUUAAGGAGGAGGAAAAAAGAUUAUUACAAGAAAAGGCUGCUUCCUGAGAUCCUGCAAUCCACGUCUUUCCUGACCGCAAAUGGAGGCCUCUACAUUGCGUUCUUCUGCAUUCUCCGGAAGCUUUUGGGACGUUUCUACUCCUGGUCGGCCGGCUUUGGGGCGGCACUGCCGGCCUCAUACAUCGCCAUACUAAUAGAGCGGAAAAGCAGGAGAGGACUUCUUACAAUUUACAUGGCAAACCUGGCAACGGAGACGAUUUUUCGGAUGGCUGUCACGAGGGGUCUCGUUAAGCCUAUGAAACAUGGAGAGGUUCUUCUCUUCUGCUUGACUGCAUCUCUCUACAUGUUUUUCUUCAGAUGCAAAGACGGACUCAAUGGCUUUGCUUUCUCUGCCUUAAAAUUUAUAGUUGGGAAGGAGGAGAUCCCGACACACUCUUGCCUGGCUGAGCACGCGUACACACAGGGUUCAGAGAGAGACGCGCAGCCACCGGAUGAGAGACCAGAGCACACGCCUGCCUCCAGGGGGAGCUGCAUCGGAGCAUUUACACGCAAACUCCUAGACUCUAUAUGCAAACAUGGACCCAGGCAUAGAUGUUGCAAACACUAUCAGGACAACUGCAUCUCCUACUGUGUUAAAGGUUUCAUCCGAAUGUUCAGCGUGGGUUACCUCAUCCAGUGCUGUUUGAAGGUUCCAUCAGCAUUCAGACAGGCCUUCACCAAACCCUCUCGUCUGCUCUGGCUGCUCUACAACAAAGAGAACUUCCAGCUAGGAGCUUUCCUGGGAUCUUUUGUCAGUAUAUACAAGGGCACAAGCUGUUUACUGAGAUGGAUGCGGAACCUGGACGACGAGCUCCACGCUCUCAUAGCAGGUUUUCUUGCCGGCACGUCAAUGUUCUUCUACAAGAGCACCACUAUCUCCAUGUACCUCUUCUCUAAACUAGUGGAGACGUUGUAUUUCAAAGGGAUCGAGGCAGGCAGGUUUCCUUACUUCCCUGAAGCUGACACCAUCAUCUAUGCCAUCUCCACCGCCAUCUGUUUUCAAGCGGCGGUCAUGGAAGUGCAAAAUCUGAGACCAUCAUACUGGAAAUUUCUACUGCGGUUGACAAAGGGCAGGUUUGCUCUGAUGAACAGAAAAGUGCUUGAUGUUUUCGGGACCGAGGCUUCCAGACACUUUGGUGACUACACGCCUAAACUUGACCCCAGAUUCGUGCUGUGUCCCAUCGACAUGGACGUGCAGUUGGGCUGACAGACCCGUGGACACCUGUGAGAUGUCUUCACAUAGACCAACAAUGACACAAAGGCACGCAAAGCUCUUGCACACAAUCUCUCUAUCUUACAUUCUCUCGGCCUGGCGCUCAUUAAAUGUGAAGUGAAAGUG